AUGAAACAAUUAGGGGAAGAACAUCCUUUGAUAAGUACGAAGAGACCUAGAGCAAAAAAAAGACGUUCCAUAGCGAUAUGCGCUGCUGUAUUAACGUUGAUAGCAUUCGGGUUCAUUAGGUUUGUGCCCAAGGAUAUAUUAGCUGGAGGGUGGUAUGAAGGCGAGAAGGAUGGUUUAAGUGCUUUAGAUAAUGAAGAAGUGAGAGACAUGCAAACAGAUGGAACAACGUUUGAAUUAAAGCAUAUAUUUCACCGGGGAACGGGAUCACAUAAUUAUAUGGUUCAUCGCAGGUUGGAUGUAACUAAGGAGUAUCUAGAGGCUCAUAGCGAGGAAUUAGAGGAGUUGACAACUAUGCAGACAUCAGAGGUAGACGAGAGUAAUUUACAAGACGUUUACGACGCAUAUGACUGGCCCCAGGCGCACACGGGCAAGAAUCCGUGGACAAUCAAGCUCCAGAUCAGACAGUCGCCUACUAACGGAGUAGUGAAGAGGUUGAAGGAGCGUCAUACACCCAACUUUUUGGACUCGUAUUUGGCAUAUGCAUUAUCUGUGAAGGGCAAUCCGGCGCUUCUCAACAAGAUUGAGCUCGAAUGGGAGGACGAGCACGAAAUACCGAUUCCCGACGUCAAGGACCGGGAUACAGUGGUGUCUUUGGCGACGAUUUCGUCGAACGCAUAUGUGAAGUUCCCCAAGGACGACAAAGAAAAGAAGAGACUGGAUUGGAUCGAUGUGGGCGAUCCGUGGGUGCCCGAUGAAAAUCACACCGACAUCAACUUUGGAUGGGCUGACGACGGGCUCCGUGGACACGUAUUUGUGAGCACCGACAACAAGACAGUCGUGAUAGGAAUCAAGGGUACGUCGGGAGCAGGGCUUAUUGGCACGGGACCCGAAGAAACCACUGCCAAUGAUAAGUUGAACGAUAACCUACUUUUUCUGUGCUGCUGUGCUCGCGUGGGCUAUAUGUGGACCACCGUGUGUGACUGCUACCAGAAGGCAUACACCUGCGACCAAGACUGUCUCGAGAAGGAGCUCAUGCGCCAGGACCGUUACUACCAGGCGACACUCGACUUGUACCGCAAUGUAUCCCAGCUCUACGACCCUCUGACCACCAACAUCUGGGUUACAGGGCAUUCGCUUGGGGGUGCAUUAGCGUCGCUUGUGGGCAGAACAUACGGGCUACCAGCCGUGGCAUUCGAGGCACCCGGUGAAAUGCUAGCCACCCGUCGACUCCAUCUCCCUCAACCCCCAGGGCUCCCCAAGCACUUGGAAAACAUCUGGCAUUUUGGGAACACGGCCGAUCCUAUAUACAUGGGUGUUUGCAAUGGUGUCUCCAGCUCGUGCAAUGUAGCCGGGUAUGCGAUGGAAACUGCCUGUCACACGGCUCACCAAUGCGUGUACGAUGUCGUGACAGACAUGGGAUGGAGGGUUAACCUUCUCAACCACCGCAUCCACACCGUUAUCGACGACAUUAUCCUCGCGUACAACGACACGCCUCCAUGUGUCCAGCAGCCUCCGUGUCGAGACUGCUUCAACUGGCGAUUCACCUCGUCCGACGACAACAAGAAUGAUGAACCGCCGUUGCCCAACCCGUUGCACCCAAAACCACCUUCCACGGUACGUUCUUCGAAUAUGCCCCACGAACAAUCGCCUAAUGCAUCUCGCUCACUUAGUAGUUUAUGUACAGAGCCUUCCUGCACAUCCUCCUUCCAAUCAGUGUCGCCGUCAUUCUCGAGCCAGCUUCCAAGUCAUCCCUCGCAAAAUCCUCAACGAUGCUUGCGUAGAACAUGGUACGGUCGUUGUUCCAAAUGGGGGCACAACAGCGCAGCCCAUCAUGUAUCUAGCAUAUAG